CUCUGCGGUGAGGGGUAUCACCUUCCUCUUCCUAAUGUCACUGCGCAUGAGCAAUGGCAAGCUCUUAACUCUAUGCUGAAGUUUGACUGGAUCCGCGACAGUCGCACCCGGAUAUUUACAGAGAUUUCGAAACGAUGGAAAAAGCGUCAUACGCAGUUUGAACAGUUUGUGCAUUUCUUCGAGUACCGUGAUGAUCGUCCUUUGCACCCUGUGAAAAACAUGUUAACACAUUCAGCAAAGCCCGUGCUGGUUUCUAUUCUAUCUGGGGAUGCGCUUGCAGUAGUUUUGCUUGCGCGGUUGGGUUUUUUUGUGCCGCCUGAUUAUUACUGGGAAAUAUUCCCUUUCUUUUCUGAGAGCUUGCUGGCUGGUGGUGACGGGGAAAUGUAUCAUCUCAUGCGACACCUUUGCCUAUAUUUUGAUGGACGGCAGCGCGCCCUCCGCCGUGAUAUAUUCAAUCCCAUUGCCCCUCCCCGGUCGAUCUCUCAGUGA